AUGAAUACGGCUGCGCCGCUGGCCAGCUUACCUAUACCCACUGGGUACUGGCGGUCCAUGAGUUUGGACUUUGUGUUUGGCCUGCCAAAAGAUUCGGCGGGCAACACGGGAGUCGUGGAGCUCGUCUAUCGUUUGAGCAAGAUGGCUGAUCUUGCGGCAGAGCCAAAUACCAUCGUUGGUGUCGGUCCAGCGAUGUUGUUUGUGAAUCAUGUCUUUCGACAACAUGGAUUAUCGGAGUCAAUUAUCUCUGACAGAGACCCACGCUUCACUGAAAAGUUUUGGUCGACAAUCUUUAAGGUGCUAGAACCCAAGCUGGAUAUGUCAAUAGCGGGCCAUCAGCAGAACUAUGAUCAGACUCAGCACGUUAAUGGCGUCGUCAAGGACGUCCUUCGUAGCGUCCGCGCCGAGACGCCGAGGCGCUAG